AGGCGCUCUGCGUCCUUCCUUAUUGGCUGACACACCUCGUGACGUAGAAGUAGGUGGGGGCGUGGCGGCGAGAUCUGAAAGAAGUUUGUGUUGAGUCGCCGCCGCCGCCGCUGCUAUUUUCCCGCGCGGGAGGGCCCAGCCAGCUACAUAAAAACAAGCGCUUUCCUGCCGGCGCUGGUCUCCUCGGGCGCGUGACGUGAGGGGAAGGGGAUGCCGAAGCGCUCCUGCCCGUUCGGGGACUCUUCCCCGGUGCAGCUGAAGACCCGCGUGAGGCUGAGGGAGCUGAGCCAGGGCGUCCAGGGCGAGCGCUACCGCCGCGAGAUCUUCGAGAAAACAAAGCAACUGCUCUUCAGGGGUGCCCAGGCAUACAUGGAUAACACAUGGAAUGGCAGCACGGCGGGAGCACACUCUCCAGAGCUGCUUGCAGGCAGACCAGAAGUUUGCUCUCGGCUUAGUUGCAGUGGACAAAUGUUAAUUGGGCAGGAUGGAAAACUUAUACAGCCCUGUGCAAGAGAAACAGCUCUGCCGGAAUGCGUUUCCACGGCCUGCUCCUCGUGCAUAAGAACAGUUGACGUCAAAGAAACUUGCUCUCAGUGCGAUCGGCACAUAUGCCAGAAUUGCAGUAAACUCUGCAGCUGUUGCCAUGUAGUUGCUUGCUCCUUGUGUUCUGUUACAGAGUCCGAUGACAUUGGCGAGCGAAUACUUUGCAAUGGCUGCUCCAUGUUUGAAGACUAAAAUGCUCGAAACGACAGUACUAAGUUUUAAGGACAUAAUUAUCUUGUUUAAAUAGGUGGACAAUUCCCACCCCACCGCCCGUCUUGCUACUGUGACAUUGGGGUGCCGCUUUAUAAAUAGUGUAUAUUUCUAGAACUGUAAUUUUAAUAGAAUAAACUUUUUAUAUUAUCUCUCGUGGAGGGUGCAUUUGGCUAGCCUUGCUGGCAUCUGUUCUGAUUAGGCGGAAGAGGAGUUUUAUUCAAUUCCUUAGAAAUGCAACGUAAUGGAAUGCUGAAGCUCAGAGGGAGCUCAUUCUUCAGAUGCGGAGUCUCUGGUUCGAUCCGUGGCGUCUUUAGAUAGGGCUGAGACAAAUGGACAACUGUUGCCAGACAGUGUAGACAAAAAUGAACUACAGGGGUCAGUAAUCUGACUGAAUAAAGGACCUUCCCAUGCCCCUAAACUUUGAUGUGGUCAGAAUCUGAUUCAAAGUAUUCACGGUAAACCUCCUUUUUCAGUGGCUUGGAUCAUUUAAGCAUCUUGUGUUUGCAGCAUCUAAUACUGCUUCUAAACAGACUGUCCAGAUUCAGUUUGUGAAUGACUGUCUCUUUCCCCCCAGUUCUUAAGUAAUGCUUUGUUGAAGAAAUGAGCCAUCUAAAUUGUUCUAUGUAUUUUUUUUUAUAAACCUAGACUCAUAGGACUUAUUUUAACUCUCUUCCUUCCAAGUAAGAGUGUUUGGGUAUACAUGAAAAGUUGAAACAACCCUGCUCACAUAACCUUCAAAGAGGCUCAACCACAAACUUGUAGACUCUCCUGAUACUACACAGGAAGUGGUCACAAGUCAUUUCACAAAUGAUGCCAAGUGGUUGUUCAUGACACCAGUUGCAUUACAUAGGGGACAGAUAAGUAGGAAAGUUUAGGUCAGGCAUCCCCAAACUUCAGCCCUCCAGAUGUUUUGGACUACAAUUCCCAUCAUCCCUGACCACUUGUCCUGUUAGCUAGGGAUCAUGGGAGUUGUAGGCCAAAACAUCUGGAGGGCCACAGUUUGGGGAUGCCUGGUUUAGGUACUUUUAACUAUCAGUUUCACAUUGGACACCCAAUUGUGUAACCUCACUGUAUACAAGUUGUACAAGUGACAAUAAAGUAUUUCAAGUGACAAUAACGUAUUUCAAUUUCAAUCAGGAAAAAGUCAAGAUAGGAAAUGAUGCAGGAGAGCAAGUUAUAGCAGGCUGAAUUUUGGGAUUGAUUAAUUAUCAGAGUGCUUUAUUUCAAGCUAGAGCUGCCACAUUUAUGUCCAAGUAGUAAAAAUCCACUGUUGGAAAGCAGGUUUUGGAUCUGAAAGGUUGCCUUUUGUGUGUGCGUUGGGGUGGUGGUGGUUUAAAAGCCCUCAUAUGCUGCUGUCAGCCAGAUUUUAUUGCACAAGUGAACCCUUUGUAGUAGCUUUCUCUUUGGAGAGACUUUUUUUCUCAGGCUUCAGCCCCAUUUCCCCAAACAGCUUUCCCCCUUCCCACCCUCCUCCUCUCACACUCGCUCGCUUGAGCUCAGCAGCAUUGCUUCUUGCACAUCUCUGUACCAAGUCUGACCAAUCUCCCGGUCGUGGGAUCUUUGUGGCAAUCAAAGUCCUGCUAAUGAGACACUCCUUAAACACUUCCCAUUUUGUAUUUCCUGGAAAUGAAGUUCUUGUUACGGCUGAGCUCUCGCCUCUCCCCCCCCCCCCCUUGAUGGCAGGUAUAUAUUUUUUAUGUAUAAUGUAAAAUCAUACACACACCUCAGUCUGCUGAUUAUUCUAUUGUAGCUCCUUGGCAACAGCUUGUGUGCCCCACCUUCUUAUAGCAGGCUGAUAAUUCAGCCUUUAGCAAGGUUCUCCCAAAUCCAUUGCACAGCAGGCAGGGGAAAAGGCUGCAUCCAGUUUUGCUCUUUCAAAAGUCUGCAUUGUUCCACCAAAGCCAAGGCCCGAGCUAACUUGUUAAAGCACAUUUUAUUGAAGUAUUCUGAGGGAAACUUUCAUAUCAUAAGUAAAAAUACUAGAGUUGAAUGUUGUAAAAAAACAAAACAAAAAAAGAACACACAAAAUGAUGGGAUUUCAUGUAGAGGGAAAACUGAGGGUAUAUUCCCUUUCAAAUUAAAAAAAAUAAGUGUUAAGGGACUGCAGUAUAUUCAAUCAACUUUUUUUGCACAGGUAAGAGAACAGAAACAAAAGCAUAUCUAAAAAGAACAUAAAGCCACAACUGAAUAAACUCAUUCGCGGCACAAGCAAGCGUUCAGAAAUCCUGGCCCGUGUCAAAAGGCAAAGAGACAAUUUAGUUACAAAUGUCUGGCAGAUUCAAAAUGAGGUGGCUUCUGUGAAAAUGCAAAACAAAGUGAUAAUAAAGGGGAGGGUAUGGGGGAAGAGAGAGUUCA